AUGCAUAUAAUCCUAGAUUUUGAUGGCACCAUUACACAGAAUGACACAAUCAAUGCCCUAAGCAGUGCUGCUGUGGCCUUUCGGCAGCAGCAGCAGCAGCAGCAGCAGAAGGUCGAGGCCCAAGAAGAGGACUGGACGAACCACUGGACCUCAAUUGUGGACGCUUAUGUCGCAGACUAUUUGGCCCAUGUUUCUGGAUACGAACCACUCGAAUCAGAACGGACGGAUUUGGUUUCUGAGCUCGGCUUCUUGGAUGCCAUGCGAGAGGCUGUCGACCUACCUUCGAUCCAGCGUGUUCAUGAUUCGCGGCUCUUUGCCGGUAUCACCGCAGAUCAACUGACUCAGGCCGGACGGGAUGCCAGCACAGCAGAUACUGGUACAGUCCGCCUGCGCGCCGGAUUCUCCAGCUUUCUAGACGAUAUAUCCGGGCGCCGGGGAUGGCCUGUCUCCAUUGUGUCUAUCAACUGGUCGGACGCCUGGAUCAGAGGCGUCAUUGAGAGCAGUCCACACAGCCAGGGCGUUUCGAUCUUCUCCAAUAAGGUGACAGUUUCGGGGAGGAUCGUCCCCAACUUCAACUUGCGUGUUCCCACCGACCAAGAGCCCUCGGAGCCCUCAGAGCCCUUGGAGCCCCUAGUAUCCUGCAGCGACAAGCACGAGACUAUGAAAGUGGCAGCUGAAUUGGCCGAGGAACAGGUUGUCUACAUUGGCGAUGCCAUGACCGACAUCAUGUGCCUCACCAACGCGGAGGCAGGGGGGAUUGUCAUGGCCAGCGGCGGUCCGGGUGGCAGCAGCACUCUCAAAGCGUUGGCAAGACUGAAGAAGGAAAUUCCGCACGUUUCCGAUUCACCCAAGUUCAGCACUGUUCGAACUCCUGGGAGUCUCAGGCUGGCUUGGGCGGCAGAUUUUGAUGAGAUUCUAUCGUCGGGGAUCCUUGAUUAA